CAAUGCUGUGUUUGUGGAGAGAGGGGCGCUGCCAUCACCUGUGCUGAGAGUGGAUGUGCACGUAGCUUCCAUCUGCCGUGUGCCAAGGACGGGCAAUGCAUCACCCAGUUCUUUGGACAGCACAGGUCCUUCUGCUUUGAGCACCGCCUUCGACAGACAACAGUGACAGCUCCAGCAAAAGGCACCACCUGCGCCAUCUGCCAGGAGGCCGUGGGGAACAUCGCAUCCUACCACACCCUGGCGUGCCCAGUUUGCAAACAUGCCUGGUUCCACCGGGGCUGCAUCCAGCAACAGGCGCUGAAUGAUGGCAUGGCGUGCUUCCGCUGCCCUGUCUGUCAAGACAACGCCCUAUUCCGUAUGGAGAUGUCCAUCAUUGGGAUCCAAAUCCCAGACAGAACACCAGCACGGGAGGACAACCGUGCAUACGCACCACUUCUACAGAGGCACCGGCGCUGUGAUGCCAUCAUGUGCUUUUACCAUGGAGGCAGGGAGCUGGCAGAAGAAGAGGGGUGAGUUACCGCAGCAGCUCUCUGCGGCUCCAUGGGGGAUCUCACGGAGCCUCAGCACAGGCUGGGGGAGCAAGGACUGAGCAGCAGAGAUGUGUCGGGGACUCCCUGGCUUGGCUCACUUGGU